UUAGUUGGUGUGCGAAUGGGUCGAGUAGCGGCGCCGACGUGGGCGGACGAUGAUGACAGCGGUGUCAGCUUUGUGCAAGGACAUGGCCAGGUCAACCUACCAGAUGGAACGACACAUUACUCGAUUCUGUCUCUCCCACGCGCCGAUGCGAAGAGACGUGACGACAACAGGCACGGCCGCACGACAUCCGUGGACGGUGUCAUCGACGCCUUGCAGCAGGUGCGGUUGAACUGCGAGCACGGAGCCCUUCAAGCCACGAGACGGAAUCCUCAUUCCAUUGAAGCGCCGCCACGAACGAGUGAGGAAGCGCGGGUGACUCUUGUGUCCGAUGCGAGCAACAUCACGCGAAAGAACGCGUUGAUGCAGCAAACGAUUGAUGCUGAACUGGAAAAGGUGAGACGAUCUCGCGCCGACAUGCUGUCCAAGAUUGCUCAAAACGUCAAGCGGCUCGAGAUUCAACUCAAGGCUGCUCUUCCUCCAAAACCAGUCGUACUUGUCCCCAGUCCAAAGCAGACCCCGAUCGAAACCGCGCCUCCAUCAUCUCCCCCUCCAACUCCUCCCGCGUCCCCACCGACUCGAGCCACAAAUGCCUCUCCGAAGGCAGCCGCGCCAUCCCCCGUCGCCCCUACAAAACCCCAUGAAGCCGUUCGUCCAGACGUUCCAGACGAAUUCGUACUAGUUGCCAAGAGUCGCAUGGAGAAGCUCAAGCAACUAGAAGCGUCCAUCGUUCCAUUUGCUGACAGCCAGGACCCUAACAUGAAGCGCAUCCGCGUGCUUCUCAAGAAAAAGCUUGGCGAAGCGUGCAAUCAAAUCGCGAAUUCGCUGUCGUCUAUCCGCCUCGUAGUGGACAAAAUUCGACAGUCGUUUGGGGAAGCAAAAGCCGCGGGGGAAAUCUACUUUCACUUCGCCCUCCACUUUGUCGCGUCCAAAUUGACUGCACAAGUGCGCGUGAUUGCCGAAAUCAGCUCGUGCUUUCCAGUGGCCAACGUCGUCGCCAUGUGCUGUGUGCACACGCCAGACCUCACCGAUGUCUUCUUGGCGCACAUGCACACGAUGUGCCCGUAUACGAUCCCCACGACGCCCGUGCGAAGCGAAGGCCAGUCGGACGACGCGUAUCGCUUGUCGAUUGGCAUGGAGCAAGAUACCAAUCACUCGUUUGAAUCAUUUGACAAGUACACGCAACGGAUGGCCAUGGCCGUGGCGCUGCUCUUGGCCGUGAUGCAAACUUCCCCGUUCGACGGACAGCCCCAGCCGGCGCACUUGGCGAUCUCCGACGCAUGGACGUGGAUGGCGCGGGUCGUGAAUGCGGCGCCGCACCCGUUGACAGCGCCGAUCUUGCUGGCUGCAUUGGAGACGGCCGGGUUUGAGUUGCAUCGGCAGUACAAAAGUCAGUUUCUGAAACUCGCUAGUGUCAUUCAAUCGAACGUGGUGCCCAUCUUGAGCCGGGACGUCAAGAGCGGCGCGGCGGCCACGUUGGCCCAACUCACGACGUUUGUGACCCAACGAAGCUUCGUCACGGAGCCGGAAGGGCGGCGGCCCACGGAGACCAGCGUCACAGCCGCCGACGAAGAAAAGUCAACCAAAGAUGAUAACAAUUCGUCCAAUCGGAACGACCAAAGCUACAACUCGGGGUAUGGCCAACGAGGCGGACGAGGCGGAGGGCGCGGUGGAUACCGCCGUUAAGACAUAGUAAGCUUUAUGAUAGCCUCGGGACUUGCAGAGCUACCAUGUUCAUUCAUUCGUGGGUGGUUCCUGUGGUAGCCGGCAGUCUAUUAUCACCUCCUAUCUUUGAACCGGCAGAUCCGUC